AUGAUAACUUUAUGGAACUUAUUUGAGGCUAGUUUAUUGUGCCUAAAUGCCGUAUGUGUUUUACACGAAGAACGAUUUAUGCAAAAAAUGGGCUGGGGAACUAACACUCAACAGCAAGGUUUUGAAGAUCAAUCAACAAUAAAAUUCCAGAUAUUAAAUUUAGUCCGUUCAAUUCGAACAGUAACAAGAAUUCCAUUAAUAAUCUUAAAUAUUUUAACAAUUAUAUUUAAGUUACUGCUUGGGUGA